CCCGCGUAAAAAACAAUUCCAGUGUAAAUCGUAAAGCCAACAAACCAACAAUCCGGAGCCAAGAGGAGCCACUCCAACUUUUAUAAAUUUGUUUUGUCUGUGAUGUCAAAUAUUUAAUUACAUUCGCCAAUGAUGAUGGCCCUUUAAUAUGCACGUUCAUUAAUUGCACUUACUGUUGCACUACAAGUUAAGAUGAGUUCUGAUAAAUAAAAACCGAUGGGUUGGUAUUAUGAAACAUUAGUUACAUUGUGGUGUCGCUUGCUGGAGGUUAAUUUCCGGGAUGGAUCAAUGGCGAGGAAAGAUUGCCGUGGUGACUGGCUCUAGUGCUGGAAUUGGCGCAGCCAUUACCGUUCAGUUGACCAACGCCGGGAUGAUAGUGGUUGGGUUGGCUAGGCGUACCGAACGCACUGAAUUAUUGAAAGAACAAAUUACGGGCAAUUUGAGAAAAAACUUACAUGCAAUGAAAUGCGAUGUUAGUAACGAAAACGAUAUUGUUGCUACUUUCAAAAAAAUCGAGAAAACUUUUGGCGGCAUUGAUGUGCUGAUUAACAACGCUGGUGUGGUUCGUGACACGAGACUGAUCGAUCCAAGCAAUUCGCAACAUAUACGUGAAACAUGGGAGACUAAUGUGAUGGGUUUAGUGGUGUGUACCAGAGAAGCUUAUCAAUCCAUGAAACGUAGAUCUGAAGGCGGACAUGUCAUCAACAUUAACAGCGUUGUUGGGCACAGUCUUCCUUAUUCCGUGGAAGCUUUAAUUUCAUCUUACAAUAUGUACGCCCCUUCAAAGUAUGCAGUAACGGCAAUCACUGAAGUCACACGCCAGGAGCUGUUGAACGAAAAGUCCAAUGUUAAAAUAACAAGCAUAAGUCCCGGGGCAGUGAAGACCGAAAUAUUGGAAUUAACCGACGUUAAGAUCCCUCUACUCAAUGCGGAAGAUGUCGCACAAGCUGUCGUCUACGUAUUAUCAACUCCACCUCAUGUACAGGUUCAUGAGCUCACCAUCAAACCAGUUGGAGAACGAUUCUAAUCCUGCAACUAGGAUUGAAAAAAUAAGACAAAUUUUAUUUGUUAAUAUUUGUGUAUAUUAAAAUUGUAUAUAAAAUGUACACCAUGAGCAAAAUAUAAAGUUUCAAAAAAUCAAAGGUACAAUUGAA